UACAAUUUGACUGGUAUUUUCCUCUUCUCUCUCUUUUUGAUAAAGCAGCCAUGGCAGCUUCUAUGAAGAUCUUUCCUCUUCUUCUGCUGUUCCUUCUGGUCAAGGCUCGAGUGUCGAACUCGGUUGCAGAGGAAACCCUAGAUUCAAGAAAUCAGGAGCAACACGAUAAGUCGGCGAAGGGUCCUGGGCUCGAGGGAACAGGAGUCAGAUCCGUUGCUCAAAACCGAUCUGCCGACCAACUAGUCGACGAACGGGAGAGGUCUGUGGGUCCUCUGCAGGUGGAGGACCCAGAAAUGGUUGCCUCCAUGGUGGAAAUGAGCAUCCAUAAUGCCACGCAACGCCGCCGCCUAGGCUUUUUCUCGUGCGGUACAGGCAACCCCAUUGAUGACUGCUGGCGCUGCGAUCCUCUGUGGGCACGCCGCCGCAAGCGCCUGGCCGACUGUGGCAUUGGCUUUGGCCGUAAUGCAGUCGGUGGACGCGAUGGCCGCUACUACGUUGUCACUGACUCCUCGGACAACGACGCGGUUAAUCCCAGACCGGGCACCCUCCGCCAUGCCGUUAUCCAAGACGAGCCGUUAUGGAUCGUCUUCAACCGCGAUAUGGUCAUCAAACUGAAGCAAGAGCUCAUCAUGAAUAGCUUCAAGACGAUCGAUGGUCGUGGAGUGAAUGUGCACAUAGCUGGUGGGGCCUGCAUCACCGUCCAAUUCGUGACGAACAUUAUAAUACAUGGGCUUCAUAUUCAUGAUUGCCAUCCUACGGGGAAUGCGAUGGUGAGGAGCUCGCCGAGCCAUUAUGGGUGGAGGACGAUAGCCGACGGUGACGGGGUGUCGAUAUUCGGGUCCAGUCAUAUCUGGGUGGAUCAUUGUUCGCUUUCCAAUUGUGCAGAUGGGUUGGUGGAUGCGAUUAUGGGGUCGACUUCGAUUACAAUCUCCAACAAUUACUUCACCCACCAUAACGAGGUGAUGUUAUUGGGUCAUAGCGAUUCUUACGAGCGGGACAAGGGAAUGCAGGUCACCAUUGCCUUCAACCACUUUGGUGAAGGCCUUAUUCAGAGGAUGCCUAGGUGUCGGCAUGGGUAUUUCCAUGUGGUGAACAACGACUACACGCAUUGGGAGAUGUACGCCAUAGGUGGAAGUGCAGAACCCACCAUCAACAGCCAGGGCAACAGAUAUCUUGCACCUACUAACCCAUUUGCUAAAGAGGUGACUAAGAGGGUUGACACAGCUGAUGGUGUAUGGAAAGGCUGGAACUGGAGGUCACAAAAUGAUCUAAUGCUUAAUGGAGCUUACUUCACUCCCUCUGGUGCUGGUGCCUCUGCUAGUUACUCUCGAGCUUCAAGCCUUGGGGCCAAGUCUGCUUCUAUGGUUGCUUCUAUCACCUCCGGAGCUGGUGUCCUCACGUGUCGUAGGGAUUCGGUUUGCUGACCCCUCUGCCACCCCUCCCUCUCUCUCUCUCUGACUCUAUCUCUCUCCUUGACGGUGUACAUUUUUUCUACACGGUCGCACCUACAGCUUCUUUCAACCUCGGCCUGCUCCUUAUUUACUAAAUUGCGCAUUCGCGAGCAGGUGCAGAAGCGUUGCUGAUGUUGAUUUGUUUACCCUCUCUCUAUAUAUGUCUCUUCUCUCUUCUUUCUUCAUUCUAUGCAAAAUUGUUACAUGUUUUAUUUUUAUUUUUUAUUUUCCCUUUUUUUGGUGAUUGUUUCUCAAAGAUACAGUAUAUUGUAUACUCAUGCGAGAUUGUGAGCAUCGCAUGAGGAUUGGGGUAAACAUUGUGGGCGAUGAAACAGGUUGAGAGAGUUGUAUUUUUGUUUUUGUUUGGAUUUCACUUAAAGGAAGCUGUCUCUUAAUAGUCUUGCUAAGCUUGCUAUUUGCUUUGGGCUUUUGCCUUAACGAUGGUUUUAAACUUCCAAUUGUACAAUAAUAUCUCUUAACGAUGGUUUUGAA